AUGCAGAGUUAUUCGUUCACAACUCCGACGGGACCUCCAAGGGAGGGCCAUAAGAAUUACGUAUUCGUGGACGAGCACAACAGACACAAAAGACUCAAGGUGAUGCGAGCCUGCAAUGGCUGCAGAAAACGAAAGAUCAAGUGUGAUGCUGCGACAACAAACACAUGGCCCUGCUCGGCAUGCACUCGCCUUAAAUUAGUAUGCGUGCCCCCUACGAUUGGACAGGACAGUGACUUCUCCGCGGAACCAAAUGUCGAGGCCGGCCCUGCGGGUUCUCUGGGCACACAUGAUGCACCCGAACCGUCGCUAUCAUCGUUUUCUAUGCCUCAAACUUCAAGAGACAAUAGCCGGCCUUCUGUGGGAGCCAUUCAGCCGUACGCAGAUGCGAUUGGGGUGUUUCCGCAGUAUUCUCAUUCGACUCCGCAGCACCCUGGAGUGUAUGAGGUACAGUCACCGCACGUUACUCUACCAGCCCACUCCUAUCAGCAACCGCAGAUGUUCUCUGCGUCUCAGGCGGUAGACGGUAGCAUUUUCGGGGAGUCUGAGUCGACUGCUGAAGGCCUCAGUGAGGUCCUUGGGGAGCUUAGAAUAGACGAGACCGGCAUUGCUCCUUAUAUCAGGCAACAGAGGAGAGAGGGAGUUGAACCGGAAGUUUCAUCACAAGAUGAAGCUGAGGGGACACUUCCUCCCCUUAAUACUGGCGCGGGCUCGACAAUCCGAAUCCCUCCAGAACUCAUGCCGGCCGAUGACGAGAUUAUGAAAUUUUUUAAGAUUUAUUUUGAUGAUAUACACCCUUAUGUGCCCGUGAUUCAUCGCUCUCACCUUUACUAUCAGUGGCAACACGAACGUCACCUGAUCUCUCCUCUCCUUCUGGAAGCACUACUGGCAUGUUCAGGGAGGUUAUCAGAUGAUCCUGCUCAGGGUGCUCAGUGGCUUGCAUUGGCGAACAGGCACGAAUCAAGCUUUAUGGAUGUGCCUCGCCUGAGUACGAUACAGGCGCUACUACUUCUUCUAAAGGCAAGGGAGUCGCUACCGAAGAAAGGUUAUUACUAUCGCUCCUGGCAAACGGUGAAAACUAUCGUUUCGAUGUCCAAAGAUUUGGAUAUUCAUGAACACUACAACACGCAUGCAGAGAAUCAGUCGUGUGAUUUAAGUCCAAUGGAAUGUUUGGUGCAGACGAGGGUGUGGCAAGCACUUCUAGUUGUCGAGGUCAUGAUCGGCGCGCCGCAAGGUCGCUCUGAUUAUGGUGUGGAUCCCAAUACCGUCAAUAUGAAUCCGGAGCUGAAUAGCAAAGACCUUGAUCCAUUUGAGAACGACAGAUCAAGGCAGUACGCCUAUUUCGUUCAAAAUGCCCGUCACAUUCGUAUCAUUACCGACAUAUAUCACAAAAUCAAAAGACAAAAAGACUGGGGGGCAAACCCAAAGUUUGUCGAGAAAAAUCCCUUGUUUACUGAUUGGCUGCAAAGUCUACCUCCUGAUCUACAAGUGAACUAUCCCGCCGACGGGUCGCCUCCUUGGAUACCUUCUCACUUUGUGGGCAAUAUGCACUCGCACUGUCAUCUAGGAAUUAUCUUGUUGCACCGUCCCCAGCUGCUCGCUUCCAAGUCUUUUGCAGCUGGCGGAGGCGGAAAACUCCACAUGGCUCUGUGUUAUGCCUCGGCAAAGUAUAUCUGUAGACUUCAGGAAGCAAUUCUGGACCGGUGUGGUCUGUCUGGUCUCCUUUUCAUGCAAAGGGGUAUCAAUUUUGCAAUAUACUGCAUACUGACGUGCACAAUGUUGCAUUUGGUUGCCAUAACGUCCCCUGAUCCCAGCUUCCACACAGACGCGCGGGAUUACUUCACAAGACACAUGCGUAUACUUGAACGGUGCUCUGCGGCUUGGCCAAUGCCAGAAAUACAGGCUCAGAUCGAUUCGUUGCGUCUUGCUUUUUCCGCCGACAUACACCGUCCCUUCGAUCUCAAAUCCACAUUUCCUUAUGGGAGUCCCUCGGAGCCGUACCAUCCAAGCCCGCCGCUUGAUGCACAUUAUCCCCCCCAGUUGAAUAAUGUCUCUGGCGGUGUUUCAAACAGAUCCGACUCCUCUCAGCUUCAAUCUCUAGGGAUGAUACCCUCUCAUACGAUUCCUGGCCAUUCGAUGGACGUUCCACUGGUCGACGAAAACAGCUGGGACCCCACGCGCAUCAUAAACCAAUGGGACAUGGCGUUCUCUAUGGGAUCAUCCUCGGUAAAUACGAAUUCGCCGCCAAUGCCUUCGCAGCGCGUACCAAGUACGUUGGCGGGCCAGUACCCUGUUCAGUAUGGGCAACCAGCAAAAAUACCAUCAGUUCCACAGGCGCAAGCCUUGUCGCAGCCUCACUUCAGCGGACAGCCAAUCGUAUUCACAGCACGCGAUUGGCAGCAAAGUGUUGCCAGCGUGUUCGACCCCAACGGGCUUAAGCGGCGUUGGAACUACUCGGUCGACCUUGGAGCAGAACAUAGUUCGAAGCGUCAGCGUUGA